GAAAGUACGCAGGGUGCUAUUUGGGAUGUGCCCUUCCCCGCAGUCACUGUUUGCGAUAUUAACGUCAUAUCAAAAAAAGCGGCCCGGUCUCUUUCAAAUAACUUGACCUUGCCACGUCAUGUAACACCGGACUAUGUCUUUAAGGCUUUAAAGCUAACACCUCUUUUGUUCCUUGGAGCAAUAAAGGAAAAAGACAAAGAGCAACUGAACAUACUUCAAGAUGUAAUCGAUACUAAUGGCAUUACGCUUAAGACCUUGUUCACAACGUUAUCACCGACAUCCUCUUGCGAUAAUCUGAUUCAACGUUGUAUGUGGAAGAAUAUAAUGUACAGAUGCGAUCAGCUGUUUCAACAGGUGACAAUAAAAGUAGGCACGUGCUGUUCCUUCAACUACUUUGCUAUCGAUGAUUUAGACAGUCAAAACCUGGAUUUAUUGCAAAUGUCUACCCCUCGCCGAGUAGCCUCUUGUGGUUAUCAGACAGCAUUGACAGUGCUGUUGAAAGUAGAUGUGGAUGACUACUACAGCUCAGGGAUCGCAUCACAAGGAAUAUUGGUAUUCAUAGAUAACGCCUACAAUAUACCUGACCAAGAUACGCCCGCUAGAAUGGUUUCUCCAUCCACCGAGGUCUUGAUUGCAUUAGCGCCUGAACGGACUUAUAGCACUUCGGGAAUUAAGGCCUUCACGCCUGAACAACGACAGUGUUAUUUUCACAACGAGGUGACUUUAUCAAAUUUUAAACAAUACUCGUUUCAUAACUGUAUGGUGUUCCAACGCAUACUUGCAAUUCAAAGCGAAUGUGGUUGUGUGCCUUGGUUUUUUCCAGAACAAGAUGGCUAUCGCGUCUGCAACUUCAGAGAUAUUGACUGUAUAGAGACCCUUCCAGAACGUCUUUCGAUCAAAGAUUUAGUAAAUAUGCCGAGAUCUAUACGGUGUUUGCCGGAGUGUGAGCAUUAUGACUAUCCGUUGGAAGUUGCGAUGGGGAAAUUGAGCGCCAAAGUACCUUUGAAUGGCUUGCCGUUUUUCGAAAAUGUGAACAUAGAAAAUUCAUCAGUACUUAAUAUUUUCUUUAACGAUUUGGUUUCUACAAGAUAUCGACGGGAUGUUUAUCUCAACUGGCAAAAUAUAUUAGCUGCUUUUGGAGGUCUUCUUAGCCUCAUGCUGGGAUUCACAUUUAUUUCCGGGAUUGAUUUUGUAAUAUUUUUCAUGUUUCGAAUUAUAUAUGAUUGCACAUUCACCAAUAAUUGGGAGGGAAUGAAAUGGACGCCAGCGAGCAAGAUUAUCAAAGUUGAAGAGAAAAAUUUAUCUAAGUUUUCUUCUAAGAGGGAGUGGAAAACUAGGUAUUAAUAACACCAUGAAAAUCCUUGUAAUAUACUAAGAUACAUAUAACGAAGUUUUUAAUGACUUUUAGUCGCAAUUCAUGCUUUAUGAGACCAAUUAUUAUGAAAGAUUUUACUCUUUAAACGUAUCUGAAAAAUUUACUAAAAACUAAAUCGAUCUAAU